AUGCUUCAGCUUCCGCAAGAUCCCAAUCUUACAUCUCCGUCAGGUGAGACGGCGCUGGCAAAUGCGGUUGCGGAGAACCAUUUGGAGAUCGCGCGAGUGCUCGUCGAAGCCGGAUCCUGCUUGCAUGCUGGAGUGGGUGAUUGCCGGUCGCCGCCGCUUUCCAUUGCAGUCAAUGUUCCUGGCGGCAUCGCGAUGGUGAAAUUCUUACUGGAGGCCGGAGCCAGUAUCGAUACAAGGAACGCUCAUGGUAGCACAGCGCUCGCACUAGCUGCCGCGCAUGGUUGCACUGAAGUCGUGCGAUUACUGCUCCUCGAGGGAGCCAGGAUCGACGUGACGGACAACAAUGGCUGGACAGCAUUGACAAUUGCCAGUUUUCGCGGCCAUGCUGAAGUUGUGCAAGUUCUGCUUGAUUUCGGCUCCAAUGUGCACUAUGUGAACGACGCAGGCACGGCACUAACCUCGGCGUCCUAUGCUGGCCACGAUGCAAUCGUGCGCUUGCUUCUGCAGCACAGUGCACAAGUGAAUGACUACACCGUGUAUUCCGCAUCUACCAAAGGCCAUGUCAACUGUGUGCGCCUCAUGCUGGAGGCCCCGAGCUGGAGGAAUGCGCACAGUGCCUUCGUUCGAAGAUCGACAUGCUCAAUGUCAUUAACGCGUGCAUCGAGACAUGGUAGCGCCGACCUCGUUCAAGUGCUGCUCGAAGAACGUGCAGACAUCGAAGUUCGGAUCCGCGACUUUACCGCUCUGAUGGAGGCUUCUCUGUACAGCCGGGUGGACGUGGUUCGUGUUUUGCUGAAGGCGGGUGCCGAUAAGGAUGCAACGGAUCGAGAUGGCACCACGGCUUUGAUGCUGGCAGCCAUGACAGGCCAUGCCGAGAUUGUUCACAUGCUGCUAGAGGCGGGUGCCGCCAGAAACUUGGUUUCCAAAGAUGGAACCACAGCGAUGAUGGAAGCUACUUCGUGGGGGCACAUCGAGGUCAUGGACUUGCUGAAGCCUCGAAAGCGGAAGAGGGACACCUUGCCUUAA